AACUGAACACAGUUCAAUAAGAGUAGAAUUCUGUCUGUCGUUGUCUCACGAUCAGAGACGGCCCCAUCCACACACACACACACACACAUCCCUCCCUUCCUUUGUACACCUACUGCACUGCACUACAUAUCGAUCUGCUGUCUGCGCAUGACGUCUCUGUGCCCCCCACUCACAACCGCCUUCCUCAGCCCCGCAUUCGGCAAGACAUCCGGCAGCCGGCCGAACUUCAUGUAGAACACCUUUGGCCCUUCUUCCUGCAUGGCCUCCUCCUCGUCGAUGUCGCACUCGAUGCGCGCCUGCAGCCGCUUGGCCACUUCCUCGACAGACGGCAGUGCGAGAUCCCUCUUGGCGCCAUCCACUCGCUCCAUCUCGUGCGCUCGGACCACCUUGAGCGAGUCGAAGAUAGAGGGCGGCGGGCCAGCGGCAAAGCCGUCAUGGUAGGAGCCGUAGUAGCGCAUGAACUGGUGCUGGUGCAAGAGAAUGCGCGACGAGUCGUUGGGGAGGGGCGGGGCGGCGAUAAGCUGCGGCAGAUAGAAACCCUUCUCCUUGCUGUCAGUGGUGGUGCCGUCUCUGUUGGCGGCUGCCUCGUCUUCUUGUUCCUUCAAUCUCUUCUGUUUGGCGGCCUCCUUGGCCUUGAGCUCCUCCUCAGUGUAGUCCCACAUGGUGACCCUCCUUAGCCUCGCCAGCUCAGCCGCCUCCUCGUCAGUCAGAUUCAGCUCCUGCAGUCGAUCCCCAUCGGCGAUCCGCUCGUCGGCCUCACGCACCUUCUCGUCAGCCGACCGGUCCGUCUCGUGGAUGGCAAUGCGGCGGUCUCGGUACCUGAAGGUGUUGGCGUUGAAGAACUGCUUUGUGUCGCGGCCCUUGAUGGGCAGCCCGUAGGAGGGGUCCAGCUGGGUGGCGUAGUGGGGGUAGGGGAGGCAGCUGUAGAACAGGGGGGGCGACUGCCGCCGGAUGGUCGACAGGACGUCGUAGGUGAGGAACUCGCUGUCCGUCACGAUGUGCAGCUCGGCGUUGUCCAUCAUGGUGGCCGCCAGCGACUUGAGGAACUUGGUGCGGAUCAGGCGAGACUGCAGGGUGCGCAGCGGGUGGCGCGUCCGCUCCGUCUCCUUGUCGGUGGAGGGGUAGUUGACGUACGCAGCCCUCACGAGCUUCUCGGGGAUCAGCCUGUGCAGGCAGAAGGCAUCUGCACAGAGGAUCCGCACAUUGGGGAACCGCACAAGGGCGUCGGGGUGCACCUGGAACGCCCUGACCAGACCGAUGGAGCGACCGAACACACACAUGUGUGCACGCCAAUAUCCCGCUGGCUGCGUGUGUCUACCUGCAGCAUUUGUGCAGUGCAUUGAAGACUCUCCUGUAGUCGUUGUCGAUGGCAAUCCAGUUCUGGUCGGGGUUGUGCAGGGCGUGGUGCAGCGCGAACUCGGCGUCCCCACACCCGAUGUCCAGAUAGCACUCCUCGCCCUCGCGGAAAUACCACUGCUCAAGUGCCGGAGCCAUCCCAGAUCUGAACCAAACACACACAGAGCCACAUUUGCCAGUGCAGUGCAAUGCAGAACAUCCCACCAUCCAUCAGUGUGCGUACCCGUCUCUUCCAAACAGGAGCCCAGGAGGGUCCCACAGGUAGAACUGGGUCAUCUCUGCCCGGUGCAGGUACCACUGCCUCAGCUGUUGGUUGAAGAGCCGCUGCAGGGCGGUGAACGCAUUGGCCGAGUGAACACUCAUCGCAGCUGCACAAGACGGAUUCGGCAGAUCAACAGCAAAAGGACAUAGAGCAGGCAAUGGAGAAGACGGGAAGCUCAACAGAGAACGACGGAGGGAUGUGAAGAGGACGCACCUUU